GUUUGUUUCUCCAUCGCAAAAAACUCCCGUCGCCUCUCGUUUAAUCUCUCAUCAAUCCCAAAUACUCUCUCUAAAUUCUCCCUCUCUCCUGAUUUCAAUGGCACCCAAGGCCGAGAAGAAGCCCGCAGAGAAGAAGCCGGCGGAGGAGAAGAAGACCCCCGCAGCAGAGAAGGCCCCGGCGGAGAAGAAGCCCAAGGCCGGGAAGAAGCUGCCCAAGGACGCCUCCGCCGCGGCCGGCGAGAAGAAGAAGAAGAGGUCGAAGAAGAGCGUGGAGACGUACAAGAUCUACAUCUUCAAGGUGCUGAAACAGGUCCACCCCGAUAUAGGGAUCUCGAGCAAGGCCAUGGGGAUCAUGAACAGCUUCAUCAACGAUAUCUUCGAGAAGCUGGCUCAGGAGGCGUCCAGGCUGGCCAGGUACAACAAGAAGCCCACGAUCACUUCCCGGGAGAUACAGACGGCGGUGAGGCUUGUGUUGCCUGGUGAAUUGGCCAAGCACGCCGUGUCUGAGGGCACCAAGGCCGUGACCAAGUUCACUAGCUCUUGAAUUUGGGGGUGGAAACUAGGGUUAGGGUAUCGUUUUAGUAUCUUCUGUGUUAUGACUUCUUUUUCUGUCUUUCGAUUUCGUAUGAAUUGGACGUUUCUUGUAAGUACGGUUUCUUUGUUUUGGAAUGAAAGUAUGGUUUAAGUCUAA